AUGGAUGCUGCGUCGGGCUACUGGCAGGUGCCCAUGGCCUGUAACUCCAUUGAGAAGACGGCCUUCAUAUGUACGGAAGGCCUCUUCGAGUUUCUGAUGAUGCCGUUCGGAUUAUGCAACGCUCCCGCUACGUACCAACGGAUGAUGCAAAACAUCCUCAAGGAACUGCUGUGGCGUACCUGCUUCGUCUACUUGGAUGAUAUUCUGGUGUUUGGCCGGACUUGGGAAGAGCACCAAAAUAACUUGCGAGAGGUGCUUCGUCGGUUGAGGGAAAACGGUCUCUUGCUGAAGGCGCCCAAGUGUCACUUCGGCAUCACCAAGACCGCCUUCCUGGGCUUUGUGGUAAGCGACGGCGGCAUCCAACCGGAUCCAGCAAAGGUGGAGAAGUUAAAGACCUAUCCGAUCCCCACCAAUGUGACCCAAGUGCGCGCUUUCAUCGGCCUUGGGAGCUACUAUCGAAGGUUCAUACCAGGGUUCGCCACAAUUGUUGCACCCCUACACGAGCUCACCACAGCCAAAGAAUGGAAAUGGCAGUAG